GGCUCCAGCUCCGCCUCUCCCGGCCGCAGCUGCUCACGGGCGCGCUUCGCUCUCGGCCGGCCUGGGUGGCUGCUAUCGCCGCCGCCGCCGCCGCCGCCGCCGCCCGGCGUUGGACAGGCGGAGGAUUCCUCGCCCGUGAGAGGCAGCCAAGGAGCGGAACGCGGGCGGCGAGCCAGGAGCGAGCCCAGCAGCAGCAAGCAGCAGCAGUUGAACUGCCCGCUCGUCUGGCUGCCUGCCGGGCAGGUCUGACCGCGGCGAGGGCCAUGGGCUGGUGUGGGGCCUGCCCUCACCCCCCCAGCCCCACCAGUGACUGACCGACGACCGGAAGGAGCCUCACUGGGGGAGAGAUGGGCUGCCCUUGGCCCGUGACGGCCGCCUCCUGGCCCCGAGAGAGCCCCGUGCCGGCCCCGGAUGGCUGCUCCGGCCACUAGGGAGAGGGUCGCUGGCUGGCCAUGGGGGUGGGCCGUGGCCUGGGCUCCUCCAGCAGGGAGACUGGCGGCUGCCCCUGUGGCUGGGCCCCGGGAGGCGGGCUGUGACCCGGGAGCGGGCCCGGGGGCGCCAUGGUCAGCAGGGAGGUGGGCCCCAGCCUGGCCCCAGGGGCAGCGGGCAGCCCGGAGAAGGCCGCCACGGUCCGCUCGGUGCUGCUGAAGCAUGAGGCGCUGCGUGCUGAGGGCCACCUUCUGCGCCGCCAGCGGCCCCAGCAGGUGCGCUUCAAGGACCUGGUGGAGAUCAGGGCCCGGGAGGAGCCCCGCCCCGCCCGCCCCCCAGGCGCCUCCCCCGAGUGGGGCGCAGACUCUGUCCGGCGCAGCUGGCCCCAGGCCCAGGCCUGCCGGCUGCCCCUGCCUGCCUGCCCCCCGGGGGGUGCCAGCACGGCCAUCCAGACCUCCCCCAGCCUCCAGAGGCCCCUCCGCAGCAAGAGCGCCUGCGACCUUGCCCGGGAGGGGGCCCUGCCUGGGGCUCUGCCCCCCUGGGGCCCCACCCGCCCCCCUGAGCAGGGCCCCCGGGCCCCUGCCUCCGCCCCACCCCAGCGGAGCCCCCGCCCCCCUGCUGCUCGGUGCCCCCUGGCCCGGCAGCACAAGCACUGUGCGCCCCCCAGCAGCGGCCGCAGCCCAGGUGCCCUCCGGCGGGGCCCACCACCUUGGCCCGUGCCAGUCGCCAGCCGGGCUUUGCCAGCCCCUGCCUCUGUGCCAGGACAGCCGCCCAGCGCCUUUCCAGGAGGGCCCCUUGCUCAGGGCCCCUGCCAGGAAGCCCCCACUCCUGCCUCCCUGCUCUGGAGCACCACCCACCCCUCCCCAGCUCUUUGGCCCCACGCCCCACCCAGGAAGCCAGCAGCCUCCCCAGUGGCCUCCCAGGAGGGCCUCCGCGCCACGGUGGGGAGCAGCCAGCCCCUCCCCCCCAAGGCCCCGGGCUGCAGCCUGCCCCUCCCCGGGGCCUGCCUCCCCCCCAGGCAAGCGGAGACCUUGCGCCAUGCCCAGGAGCUCCUGCAGCCGGCAGCCGGCGCCCCUCCGGGCCCCCCUCCCCGGGGCCCCGGGGCCCUCCACUCCCAGCUGCAGUCCCUGGAGGAGGUGCUCGAGACCAGCCAGCAGACCAUCCACGUGCUUCUCGAUGUGAUCCAGGACCUGGAGAAGGAGGAGGCCCAGCGGGAUGGCAGUCGUAUUGGACAGGGCAGGACGUUGUCAACUGUGGGGCGUGCCGAGAUUGUGCCUGCAUCAUCUACAGGCUCCUCCAGCCUAUCUGCAUAUGGAAUCUCCACUGCCCAAUGGCCAUGGUGCUUCUGCUCGCGAACGCUCGCGAGAUCUGCCAUGCAAGGGAUUAGCCACAGCGUAGAGCACGACUUCCGGCAGCAGGAGGGGCGUUUCCAGCCGGUGCUGAGCACCAUCGAGCCUGAACCAGCCAGCCAGAGCGCCCCCACCGCGGUGCCGACCGCCCCCCCAAGCCCCCAGGAGCCGCCCCCGCUUCCAAAGCUGCCUGCAAAAGCGGAGCCCAGAAAGGCCCGGCGGAGGUGCUUCUGGUUCCUCUGAGGGGGGCCCCUGCGCUCCCUCGCCCCCAGAACCCCGGAGAGGAGGGCAGUCGCCGCCUUCUCACCUGCAGCAGCCCCCAUGGAA